AUGACGUUUCCAAAUCGAGAUAUCAAGUGCAUCGUCAAGUCUACGAAGGAGCGUGCACAUAGUUCUACGGUAUUGACGGUUCAAGAAGCCGCAGCAAUGUCGACGGAGUGGAAAAAAAAUGACAGUGAAACUAUAGGCAUGCAGCACGAAUUCCAAUUGAUGUUGACCGGACUUUCACCUACGCACAUGGAAACCACUUUGCCGUCAGUAGCGACCAAGAAAGACAAUCUUGACAUUGGUAACUCAUUGAUCGCAGUGGAUGAAACGAUUUCUAAAGUCUACAAGACCCAUCAAACGUCAAUGUCACUUGCUCGGAUCUCACCAUACGCCAAAGAGCUUGGAGCUUGCAGUUAUUUGUCCAAGAGGCGCUCAAGUCUUUCAAAGUUGGCGAAGAAGUUGAUGCAAGACUGGUUUAACCACAAUUUGCACAAUCCGUAUCCAACCGAACAAGAAAAGCUUUGGCUUGCUGAAAAAGGAGGUAUUACAUUGGAACAAGUGAGCAAUUGGUUUAUCAAUACUCGCGGUCGCAAGUGGAAGCCCAUGCUGACUCGACUCUUGGCUGAGAAACAAGCUACUAGAGAAUGA